AUGGAAAAAUCUAGCUCACCACAGUUGGGCAACAGCCACACGUUCGCCAACAGCAUUGUUAACUCAGGCCCAAUUUCAAUCAUUGCAUACUGUUUCUCAUCCAUUUUGAUGACAAUCACCAAUAAGUAUGUUGUUUCAGGUUUAAACUUUAACUUGAAUUUCUUCCUUUUGGCUGUCCAGUCAUUUGUUUGUGUUGCUACUAUUGCAUCCUUGAAGAGUUUAAACGUCAUCACUUAUAGACAGUUUAACAAGGACGAAGCCAAAAAGUGGAUGCCCAUUGUUAUCUUGUUGGUUGGUAUGAUCUACACCGGUUCUAAAGCUUUGCAAUACUUGUCGAUCCCAGUCUACACCAUUUUCAAGAACCUCACCAUCAUCUUGAUUGCUUACGGUGAAGUUCUCUGGUUUGGUGGUAAAGUUACCCCCAUGACCUUGUCUUCUUUCUUGUUGAUGGUUUUCUCCUCGAUCAUUGCUUACUGGGGUGACAAUGCCGAGGUCAAGACCAGCGAUGACCAAUUCACAAUGUACUUGGGUUACUUUUGGAUGAUCAUCAAUUGUUUCUCAUCCGCCUCUUUUGUCUUGAUUAUGAGAAAGAGAAUCAAGUUGACCAACUUUAAGGAUUUCGACACUGUGUUUUACAACAAUUUGUUGUCUGUGCCAAUCUUGUUGAUUCUCACUUUUGGUUUUGAAGACUGGUCUGCUGCAAACUUGGAAAGAAACUUUCCACCAGAAAGCAGAACCGCUGUCAUUGUUGCCAUGGUUUUGAGUGGUGCCUCCACCAUUGCCAUCUCCUACUGUAGUGCUUGGUGUGUCAGAGUUACUUCAUCCACUACAUACUCCAUGGUGGGCGCUUUGAACAAGUUGCCAAUUGCAUUGAGUGGGUUGAUCUUUUUCGAAGCUGCUGUCAACUUUUGGUCAGUUUCUUCCAUCUUUGUCGGUUUUGUUGCAGGUUUAGUAUACUCGGUGGCCAAGCAAAAGCAAGCAAAGGAAGCACAAGUCUUGCCAACCUCGAAAUAA